AUGCGUCUCCUGAACGCCUCAACGCUCACGCUUCAUGAGUUCCUUGGAAGCGAGAUUCCAAAAUAUGCGAUUCUGUCUCAUCGGUGGGAGAACACUGAAGUCACGUUUCAGGACUUGAAGGAUGGUACAGGCCCUGGCAUGGCGAGCUGGAGCAAAGUGACAGGGUGCUGUGCCCAGGCUCUCUUGGAUGGUUGGGAAUACCUUUGGAUUGAUUCGUGCUGCAUAGAUAAGUCGGGCAGUGCCGAGCUUUCAGAGACCAUCAACUCCAUGUUCGCAUGGUAUCAACGAGCAGAAGUAUGCUAUGCAUACCUGUCGGAUGUUUCCCCUGCAACUGAAGAUUCUCGAGCCAAAUAUUUUGCAAUUCAGAACAGCAAGUGGUUUACCAGAGGUUGGACACUUCAGGAACUUCUCGCGCCGUAUUAUGUCGAUUUCUUCGAUCAAAGUUGGACUUGGAUCGGGAGCAAGUCAUGCUUAGAACCUCUUAUAAGCGAGGCAACAAAGAUAACAGACUUAUGGGACCACCAGAGCGCAAGCGUAGCUCAAAAAAUGUCUUGGGCGUCGAGCAGAGAGACAACAAGAAUCGAAGACAGGGCCCAUUCCCUCCUCGGUCUAUUCGGUGUACAUAUGCCCCCACUAUAUGGAGAACGAGUGAAUGCCUUCAUCAGACUUCAACUGGAAAUACUUAGCAAAACGGAUGAUGAUUCGAUAUUAGCUUGGAAUGGACCUGUUCCAUACGGGCAUUCCGGAUGA